CUCAAUGAAACAAGAAAAACAAGAUGCAGUUCGUGUAGCCAAAAGCUCAAGGCGAGUUAAGUUCUGAAAGCUGGUAAUGGUAUUGGACAUUAGAGGAGCCAACUCCCAUUGAUCUGGUGACAUUUUGACCACUUCCCGAAACACUCAAGUUUCAUCAUGGCACUGGUGAGAAGUCUUCUGCUUCUUUUCACUGUGUUCUCUCUGGGGAACGCAGAAGCUCAACGAUGCCCCUAUGGAUGGACAAAUUUUGGAGUCGAAUGCUACAAGUUCUUCUCUCAGGCAGUCAACUGGGCCACAGCAGAGAAGAACUGCCUAAGUCUGGAUGCAAAUCUCGCAUCUGUACAUAAUAAAAUACAACAAGAUUUUCUCCUGAGUCUGGUGCCUUCAUCUUCCACACGUUGCUGGUUUGGUACUCAUGAUGGUGAACAAGAUGGACAGUGGUUUUGGACUGAUGGAACUCCGUUUGACUUCACCUACUGGGCCCCUGGACAACCUGACAAUCUGAAUGUUGAGAACUGCGGAGAGUUCAACUUUGAGAAUAACCGCUGGAACGAUGCAGCCUGUUUAACCUCACUGAGUUAUGUUUGCGCUAAACACCUGUGAGAUCACAUACAGUCAUCUUGUUCCUCAGUUACUUGUGUGUCAGUGAUUGCACUACAUUUACAUGUUCUGAUCUUAUCUUUACAAAUGUUAUUCUGAAAUUAAACUUUUCUUUUCUUUAAGUAUUUUCUCAACUUUAAUCUCUCCUCUAUACUGAAACACUGCUCAAAUCAAUAAAGGUAUUUUUAAAGGCAAAAAAUUGUCUUGAAAAGAUUUAAUAUAUAGUUAUUAGAAUGGCUUUAUAGGCUUUAAGUGAUGUCAUCAUCAGGGGAGGGGCUGCUUAAAUCAAUUACAAAGAUGCUGGUACCCCAGUCACUAGAAGACAAAAACCUUAGGGUGCACUCUUUACAUAAAAAGUACAGUGGGUUCUAUAUACCUUAGGGUUCUUUACUCACUUUUAAAGA